AAAUUUUAUAUAUAUAAAAAAAAAUAUAAAGAAUAGAAAGCUUGGAUUUAAAAUUUUAAAUGAAGCCAUUUUGAUAUAGAGAUAAUGUAUGAGAAUAGAAAAAUAUGAAAUUAAAAUUAAGUGGUCAUUGGAUCUAAAAUUAUAAGAGUUUAGGAAGUGUCUGAUAAGUUGAAAAUAAACGGUAAGUGGCCGACGUGAAUAAUAACGCAGUGUACCUUAGACAGUAUGGAAAAUUACUCUGUACACGAUGCAAUGUUCAAGUGAUACAAGAUAGAAAUUCACGUGGGGUGAUCGCGGGACGCGCCGACAGCGCCAAGCGUAUUUGGCGGGACCGCGCUUAGACGGCGUCGUCUGUGCUUCAGGCAAGUCUGUCGUGUAGUGAACCGCAAAGGCUCUUGUCGGACAAUGGCUGGCGGAAAGGCGGGCAAGGACUCUGGUAAAGCGAAGGCGAAGGCGGUCUCUCGUUCGGCGAGAGCCGGCUUGCAGUUUCCGGUUGGUAGAAUUCACAGGCAUUUGAAAAACAGAACCACAAGUCAUGGUCGAGUCGGUGCUACAGCAGCGGUAUACAGUGCAGCUAUCUUGGAAUACCUCACUGCUGAGGUUCUUGAAUUGGCAGGAAAUGCAUCAAAAGAUUUGAAAGUCAAACGUAUCACACCAAGACAUCUUCAGCUUGCUAUUCGUGGUGAUGAAGAAUUAGAUAGUCUCAUUAAAGCAACUAUUGCAGGAGGAGGUGUUAUUCCACAUAUCCACAAAUCUUUGAUUGGAAAGAAAGGUUCACAGAAACCAGCAUAAUUAUUUAGUGAUUCAUUUAAAAACAUUUGAAGCUAUGUAGACAAAACAGAUGCGAAACAGCAGAGUGAUUGUUGACAAAGUGUACCUACGUUACUAAAUUGAUGACGAGACUGGCGUGAUAUACAUACGUAUAUAUAUAUAUAUAUAAUUAUAUAUAUAUAUAAAGAUAAAUAUAAAUAUAUAUAAAUAUAUAUAGAUAUAUAGAUAUAUAAAUAAAACAAAUAUUGAUAUAAUUUAAUAUAGGUAAUGAGAGCUAAAGAAGAAAAAAAUUUUCACUAUGUAAUUGGCAUUUGGAAAAGUUAAUAAUAUAGGUCUAAAAAUUUUAGUGUACGCUACACUGUAAUUAAUUGACGAGCGAUGCGUUGUAGCAUGGCUUGUUUAAAACUGUAAAAGUCUUGAUACUGUGUGCGGAUACUAAAUAUUUUUAAAGUUGGAGUAUUUAAGAGCUUGGAUGUGUCGUAAAAUACUUUUGAAAGAAGAAUUUCUUUUGUUAUCUUUGUCCCUAUCAAAGCUAUUUGAACUUUAUCUCUUUAGACUAUUGCUCUCAAAAAUAUUAAUAUAAAAUAGCAUAACAAUUAUAGAAAAAACGUGUAAUAUGAGCAAGUAUUAUAUAAUAAAAAUUUCUUAAAUUUUUUUAUUUUUAAUUUUUAAAAUUUUUAGUCUUUACUCACACUUUCUUACAAUAAUUAUAAGAAUCGUAUAAUUAUAAUUAUAAAUAUAAAAAUACGUACUCAUUCUUGUUAUUAAAUACUCUUAACUAUCUUACAGCAGUAUACAGUGUGCAUAACACCUUUAGAUUAAAUUUUUAAUUUUGGACACUUUAUAUUCUAAAAUUUGUAUUGCCAAAUAUGUUUGAUUAAAUUUUUAAAGUUUUCAGUCUCUGUAACAUUAAUGUAGGUAUAUAAGAUUAUAGUGAGAAAUAAUAGUUCUGUGAACAUUGUUUCCAUUUUUCUAAUUUUAUGAAAGUAUUCUCAUCUGAGUCACAUUUAAUGAAGUUAUGCAAUAAAGUGUAAUUUGUGGCAUAGUGUAUUUAUGCUCACGAUUAUGAGACUGGAAUCUUUGAAACUAAUAGGCUUUUACUCAUAUAAAGGUAAAAGAAAAAUAUUUCGGCAUUGCAAAGCCUUUGAUGUAAUAUAUAAUCUUUAUUCCAGUAGUGUUCAAUCAACGUGAAAUCCAUAGUAGAAAUAUUGAAUCAAUCUAAAACGAAACAAUGUAUGUUUUUAGUUAAAACAAUUUCUUCUUUGAUUCUGUUCAUAUCAUUUUUCAUUUUAUUCAUAAAACUAUUGUUACUUGUGUCAUUUAGUGUAAUGUUCGCUGUACGUACGGUAUUAUACCGUAUAAUAAAUACCAGCCAUAUGUAAAAUGUUCAUUUUCAUAAUAAAGAGCAAUUUUACUAUUAA